AUGACGUUUGAUAUAAGAUUACUGGAACCAAAGGAAGUAUCCUUAAACUUGAGAUUGUUUAAACUAUUUCGUUUUUUUCAUCUAUUUGAUCCAAAAACCCGAAAAUUUUACCAUUUCAACGUUUACCAUCUAGUUUGGUACUUCAUAAAUUUUGUUAUUGGUAGUAUAGUAAUCUACGGAUUGUCUGGUUAUUUUACUGAGAUGGAAGAUGUAAUCGACAUCGUUUUUAACUUACAGUUAAUGUUUUGUUGUUUAAUUUAUUCUCUAAGUUUACUUAAAAUAAUCACAUUUAUAUACAAAGCAAAUUACAUUUGGGAUUUACUCCGUGUUACUCAUUUAAAUUUUCUAACGAGCAUACAGUGUCAAACACAUAUUGGAAUUCUCCAUAAAUAUCGCGAAAAAUCAAUAAAAAUUACAAAUUACCUAAGUGUUUUUGCAAUUACAAUUACCAUCCAAUGGUGCUUGUAUCCUUUAGUUCUGCUGUUGUUACAAAAAGAAGAUGCAAAUCAAUCAAAUCGACGGUUUGAGAAUAUUUUCAACUUUCGGUUCCCCGUGACUAUUAGUUACUACAAUAAUAAUUAUGUUAUAUUUUAUAUUACGGAGACAUCCUUUGAAAUGUUUCUGUUGUACGUAUACGUAGUGAUUGAUAUCUUCUUUAUUUCUAUUUGCUAUAUUAUGAUUGCUCAUUAUGAGAUGAUCAAAAAAGCUUACGAAGGUGUCAACAGUGAAUGCAAUUCUGAAAAUAAUAAUGAAAACAAAAAUUAUUAUAAUAUGAACGACUGUUUCGAUGAUUUAGUAUUAAUUUUGAUGGAUCAACAAAAACAUUUCGUGAAGUUAAAAUUAUUUUAUUCUACGUAUAAGUUUAUUAUUUUAUCAACUGUAAUAAUAAAUUCCGGGUCUAUCAUAAUUUUAACAUAUGCAUCAGUUGUGAUAUUUACGUCAUCAGAAUCUAUACCAAUUCUUGGUGUAAUCAAGUUAAUAUCAGCGUUUGGUUACCUGUUAAUAAUUUUAUUUUUUCUUUGCAAUUUAUUAGAAAGCAUUCAUAAUAAAAUGGAAUCCGUUCACUUUGGGAUGUAUAGUUGUAAUUGGACUUCAAUGAAUUUAAGAUCAAAAAAAAUGUUAUUGUUAUCAAUGAAAAUGAAUAAUGCUAAUAGAUUUAUGAUUAAACUAACACCGAGAAAAAUUGUCAAUCUACAAUUAUUUAAUAGCGUAUUAAUCACAUGCUAUAACGUUCUAUCAGCUAUGUUGAAUACUCUAUCUAAAUAA